GCAGUUGUCAUCUUCCUCCUCUCUCCUAAGAAGACAUAUAAUCGACGUACUGCCUAGCGAUAGAUUUCGACCAUCACCAUCAUAAUCAUAAUCAUAAUCAUAAUAAUCAUUAUCAUCAUCAUCGUAAGCAUCAGCAUCGUUUUGUAGCAUGAGAAGAAGAUCUCUGUCCGUUUUACGGUGUGGCUAUGGGGCUCGAUUAUCGGCUUUCGGCAGGAGGGAUAUCAGCAGCACUCUCCCACGUGGACCGGAAACCAGUCUGGAUUCAUCAACGGCUUGCCACGUGGACGCUGAUGUGGCAAAUCACGUCUGGAAAGGUCCUUCUGCGACUGCACAAUGGCCGUCAUCGAGCGAGCUCGGCGGCGUUCAGUGCAAGAGAAACCUGCAUGCGCUCUCGAUGGAGUGGAUAAGGACUUGCCACGUCAGCGCACGCGUCGACACGUGUCCAAUGCGGAUGUCAAAUGAACGGCAUUAUGAGGUCAAAACACGUUGUACAUGGAAUGGAGUCAAUGGACAUGGAUUUAGAGCUGCGUGUGCAAGGGCGCGUAGUUCGGAUAUCAGCGGCGCCAGAAAUGGGGUCGACGUGGAAAUCGUGCGGCGAGCGGUGUGUGCAAGGGCGGCUGCGACUUCAGAAAAUCAGUUGUCGCCCACUCGGCUUUCGGCUGCCACUCGUUUGUCGCCCGCUGUGACCGAAUUGCUGGGACAUGGUCGCACAGGCCGUGACGGUGCCCUGGCUGUUGGACAUGGAUGGAGGUCCUCCUCUCUAUCCACUGUUAUGCUGCCCUUCCCACCGAGAGGCUUGUUGACGUCAACAGUGCGGCUGGUGCAUGGCGACAGGUGUGAAGCUUACGUAAAGGAGGAUGAGGCUUCGAGGGUGCAGCAGACUUUGCUGGUCAGAGAUUACAUUGAAGAUUCGCUUUACAACCCCGUGAGUGGGUAUUUCAGCAAAGCCAAUGAUGAGGUAGUUGGCCAGAUUCCGGAGCCGAUCGACUUUAAGGCCCUCAGGGGUCGCUCUGCGUACAUGGAACUUUUGAGCAGGUUGUAUGAAGAGAGAGACCAAGCUUGGUUGACUCCGGUGGAAAUAUUAAAGCCAUGGUAUGGAUACGCAAUAGCUGAGUACAUUCUGCGGCGGCAUGAUCCCACAGCACCUCUCAAGAUACAUGAGAUAGGGGGAGGGAAUGGGACCUGUGCACUGAAUAUUCUGGAUCACAUUAAAGCCACAGCCCCUCCGUCGGUGUAUCGGGAUCUGAAAUAUAUUUCAUUUGAGAUAAGUCCGGCGCUGGCAGAGCGGCAGAGGUCAACCGUUCAUGCACACGGAAAACACCGUGGAAAGUACGUUGUUAAACAGUGCAAUGCCAUGCACAGGGAGAGUUGGGGUGUAGUGGACACAAGUGGAUGCUUUGUGAUCAUGCUUGAGGCAAGUGUGCCACGUCAGCAGCGCCACGUCACAGUGCCAGAUCAGCAGUGCCAUGUCAGCAGUGCCAUGUCAGCAGUGCCAGGUCACAGUGCCAUGUCAGACUCAGUGCCACGUCAACAGUGCCACGUAAGCCGUGCCACAUCAGCAGUGCCACGUCAGACACAGUGCCACGUAAGCAGUGCCACAUCAGAAGUGCCACAUCAGCAGUGCCACGUCAGCAGUGCCACGUCAGACACAGUGCCAUGUAAGCAGUGCCACAUCAGCAGUGCCACGUCAGACACAGUUCCACGUCAUACAAAGUGCCACGUCAGCAACAUGACGGGCCUGCCAGGCCAACUGGCCAAUGAGCCCAUUGCCGACUACAAAAAGCGCGUCCAUGCUCAGCUGGCUGCAAUCGAGGCUGAGGAAGAACGCCAGCUGGCAGUCAAGGCUGCCCAGCUACAGGCUGAWGAAGCGGCAACAGCAGAGAAGCUGCGGCUACAGGCCGAAGCAGACGCAGAUACCCAGGCUCGCCGCAAGGAAGCCCAGGAUCUGCUGCAGCGGCAUGAAGCCAACAGCAUCGAGAAACUCAAGUACUGGCAUUUUGAACCGAACGGCGACGAGCCAACACUGGAAGAGCAUCAUAAGGAGUUCAUGGCCAAGCUCGUGAGCAGGUUGGUUUACACAUGUAACCACCUACAGUCCGAGCUGGCAAACCUUCAGCGGGCCGUGCGGAACCAUAAGAUUCAGCACGAGGAUGCCACAAGGGCACUGGACGGCUGUGUACUGGGCCUGGAACAGGCUGUACCAGGACCAGAUGCUGGAGCUUCCAGCAGUGCAUCCUCUAGCCGCCAACUAGAGGAACGCGUUGAACACGUAGUGGCAAUGCUAGGAGACAUAAGUGUCUUCACAGAGGCGGCCACCAUCAGCCAGCGGUUCGAGUUGCUGGACACUAAGAUCAGUCAGCAACAGCAGACUGACCACAGCCACAACAACAGCUCGGCGAGGCCAUACAAGAUGCCGACGUUCCGGACCGAGAAAUUUGAUGACUACACACAUCAAGACCCGGUCGUCUGGUGGCAAGGAUUUACAACGGAGUUGGGGAUUCACGAAGUCCCUGACCAUCUGUUCAUCAGUGCUCUGUUCAUCAACACCAAGGGAGGUUGUCAGAUCUGGCUCAGCCACAUGCCAACUAUCCACGGCGUCCAGGUUUCAGACCUGUACAAGAAGGUCUCCUGGGAGGACAUGACAAAGGAAUGGAAGAAGCGGUUCAUCGUCGACGACGCCCCGRCACUCGCCGUCAACCGCAUCUUCACGAUGGCUCAAGGGAGCACACMGACACGUGACUGGCUCACGGAUUGGCAGAAAAACGUGGCGACGCCCGAUUUGGACUUGUCAUUUCCGCAUCUGCGGCGUGAGUUCUACAACAGGGCAUGCGCCGCUCUCAGCCUCGCACUUGGUGAUCGCAAGCAGUACAACACUUUCGCAAAGAUCAUCAACAAGGCGAGAGAGCUCAUCAAGACUAACAGGCCGGCUGCACACGAGAAGUCCACAUGGCAGCCAACCUAUGUGGAGAAGGUACGAACUGGUCCGCGACAGCAGCAGUUCGCUGCAGUCCAGUCGGAUAGUGGAGAUAACCCAGCAGCCACUCCAGCAUCAAGUGACGGAGAUCAGGUGGCUGGUGUCCAGCCGCGAAGCAACAACAAGUCCCGCAACAAUGGGAAGGCGAAAUCCGCAUCGCAGGCAAGAAAUGGACAGCCAGGACAAUUUCCAUGGGUCAAGUCUGGCUUGACCGAGGCGGAGUACAAGUCCACCGCAUGCACGGUUUCAUCACCAUCGACAACCGAUUCGGCAGCUUCGCCGCAAUCUAUCGUCGGGGAUUCGACGUCAUGGUCAAGACUUGAAGAGCUCGACCCAUUGACGUUCACGGACUUCCAGUGGAUGCCCGUUCCCUCGACCGGACGAUUGCCGAAACCGCAUUGCAACGUGCUUAUGGCACAAUUGCGGGACUACUUGCACACUGCAGAACCAGCUCCGUUGGUGGAUGCCGGAGUAGAGGUUGUCGACCUUCACGUUUACAUCGCGAAGAUCGACCGCGAGUUCAAGACGCAACGGUACGACAACAUCGACGCACCAUUGCUAUACGUACGCAUUCAGAUCGGACAGGCAACCUGCAGUGCCUUGAUCGAUUGCGGAGCAUCUCGCAACUACAUCAGCCAGGACUUUAUGGUACGCGUCGGCCUUGGCCCACGUGUCCGGAGGAAGUCCCAGCCUACGCAAGUCACUCUGGCAGACGGUCAUACGCACAAGUCCAUCGACCGGUGCAUUGACGCCGUCCYAGUGUACUUUGCCCCUCACGAAAGUGAGGUGGUGUCCUUUGACAUUCUGGAUACCAAAUUCGACAUGAUCUUGGGCAUGUUAUGGCUGCGAAGCAAGGAUCACCCGGUGAACUUCUUCAACYGCACCGUUCACGUUCGUGACCGGAACGGAGUAUUAGUUCCAUGCACGGUGCCUCUUCCUCAUCCUUCGAUCAGCUGCCACGUGGUAUCCGCCGCAAGCAUGCGAGCUUCCAUCAUCAGAGACGACAUCGAGGAGAUGGGGGUGUGUUUUCUCCACGCCCUCCUGCCCCAUGACGCUUCAUCGACGGACUCACCUUCGGACCCACGCAUCACCGAACUUCUCGACGCCUACAGCGACGUGUUCGAAGGCCCGCAAAGAGUAGUAUCGGAUCGACCCAUCCGCCGCGAGAUCAUCCUCGAGGACGGGGCCGUACCUCCGCGCGGUUGCAUCUACCGAAUGAGCGAGGAAGAGUCAAGUGUGCUUCGGGCACAACUCGACGACCUUCUAGAGAAAGGCUGGAUUCGGCCUAGUUCAUCGCCAUACGGUGCUCCUGUUCUCUUCGUCCGGAAGAAGAACAAGGACCUGCGGUUGUGCAUCGAUUAUCGGUACCACCAACUCGAGAUUCGCAAGGAGGAUCGUUACAAGACCGCGUUCAAGACACAGUAUGGCCAUUUCGAAUGGCUGGUCAUGCCAUUUGGCCUUACGAAUGCCCCAGCCACUUUCCAAGCGGCUAUGACGACGGAGUUCCGACACAUGCUGGAUCGUUUCGUACUUAUCUACCUCGACGACAUUCUGGUUUACAGCCGGAGUCUGGACGAGCAUGUGGAACACCUGCGCACCGUUUUGGAGCGGCUACGACAGGCCAAGUACAAAGCAAACUGCGACAAGUGCGAGUUCGCACAGCAAGAGCUGGAGUACUUGGGACACUAUGUGACGCCGCAAGGCAUCCGUCCGCUUGCGGACAAAAUCGAGGCCCUACGAGUCCUUGACAACUUGCCGCAUGAUCGCGUCGUGUACGACCAUCGAUCUGGAAAGAUGAUGGAGACGGUGGUGCAGUCUCGAUGCGUGGGAGAAGGAGGAGGAGGAGGAGGAGGUGACCAGCAGCUCGUGGAGCGUCUUCGACCCGUCCAGGACCCUGUAGUUCUAGCCUGUUUGGAUAUAAUGGGUGGGCGGCUUCACGAUCUCCUCCGUCCAAUGGCAGUCGAGACGGCGCCGGCGAGUGCAAAAAAUGCAUCAUCUCAAUCCUGCCAAUCGGUUGAUCUCCCUGAUUCCGGAGGCGGCAGUAGCACGAAGAGAGAAGGUGUGGGAGGCGCAAAGAAGUCUUGGCUGUCUUCGGUCAUCGAAGCUGGGAGGUCCCAAUUUGCAAAUAUUGGAAGGAAGAACGCCGAGAUUGUCUGGAUCCCAACCGGAGCUCUGAAUGCAGGGGUGACAGUGGAUCAUUCAACGUACCUUGUACCCAAGGGUUCGGCGGAUAUCUUCUUUCCUACUGAUUUCUCUCUACUGGAGAAGAUUGACCGGGCAGCAGUCCUGGCGACACAGAAGGAGAGGAUGUCAAGAUCAGGCAAGGACAACACCACGGGUGCAGCAGUGAGCAGUUUGCAGUCCUCGUCAGUAAAACCUGCGGAUGAUCGCGUGCACCCAUUUCGAUGGUCGGCAACGGUGUCGCCAAGCAAUUUUAUGGAGUGUUUCGCAGACCUGAAGCAGACAGAGACGGUGUCGGGGGGCAAAAAGGCAGGAGCUAAUAAGGCAGGAGCUAAUGGCUUUGCCCCUGUUCCGGGCCCAGCCGGCAAACCAGGGGUUCCAAAUGGUGCAGGGAAAUUGUAAGGAGCGGGAAGCAGGUGGGAAGGGGGAGGGGGGAGGGGGGAGGGGGGUAAGGGUUAUCCUUUUUGGGUUCAGAAUGGGGUCAGGGUUAUCUUUUGGGGGGGAUAGGGCAGAAUUGGAUAAGAUGGGCAUAUGUUAAGGAACAGGAGAAGGAGAGGUGUAGUUCUAGUGCUGUAGUUUAGCAGCAGAGGAAAGUUCUAGGGCGGUAAUUUAGCAGCAGACGAAAGUUCUAGGGCUGUAGUUUAGCAGCAGGCGAAAGUUCUAGGGGGAUAAUUUAGCAGCAGACAAAACGGGGGGAAGUCUGGGUUUAGGGUUUGGGGGGGGGAAGGGUGGAAUUGGAUAAGGGGGGUAUAUUUUAAGGAACAGGAGAAGGAGGGGGGUUAGUUCUCGGGUUAUAAUUUAGCAGCAGCGGUCUCCACUGAUCGGACAGAAGGAAUAAUGGCCAGCAUCGUUCGUGGCUAGGAGGUAAGUUCCCAGCUACCAGAUGUGAGGUGUGUUUCCUUUGAUGCUUUCGCUGGAGUUUGAGCUCAGACAUGUGUUUCAACAGUUCAUGGGUGUACCAACUGAGGUACCUUCUUCCCCCAUACAUAACGCAUAUGCGUUGUAUUCGAGUUUUCGAAUUUGAAAACAAAUUCGCAUAGAACGC